CGGGGAGCACCGAAUGGGGGGUCCCGGGGAGGCCGGCUGCAAUGGGGGGCCCCGACGACCCCCCCCAGGCCUGCUCCUCCUGCUGCUCCUGCUCCCGGCCUUGGCCCUGCAUCCCGGGGGACCCCACAACGUGACCCUGGAGCUGAGCCCAGGCUGGCCAGGCCCCGGUCCUCCCCCGAACGUCCUGCACGUGUGGGCGGUGGGGACGCAGUCGACCGUCCACGCGGUGUGGAGCAGCGAGCGGGGCGUCCCCACGGGGCUACUGGUGGCCACGGACCGGCCGGACAGCGUCCUCCACAUCAACUGGACCCGCCUGCUGGGCGCCGACCCCGCGGGGUCCCUGACCCUGCAACCCGCAGCCUCCGUGCGCUUCGCAGCCGUCCUCCUUCUGACCAAGCUGUUUGAGUUUGAGGAGGCCAGCAGCUCGGGACCAAGCCCGUACCCCCCGUACCCCCUGACCAAUUUCUCCUGGGACCAGCUGGGCCCCACCCUCAACGCCUCGGCCCUGACGGCCACCUUCCGCGGUCGUCUGGCCGCCGACCCCGCCUUUGCCCGAGGCGGCCUGGCCCUCCGGAUCCAGGCCUUCGCAGGCCCGGGCCGCCCUCGCCUUCCUCCCCGCCUCCGGCACGUGGCCGGGAGCUGCGGCCUGCAGCUGGAGCUGGACGGGGUGGUCCCCCGCGGGAACCGCUCGCUCUUCCGCCUGGAGCUCCUGACCCUGAGCCUCGGGCCCGGCCCCCCGCCCCGCCUGGAGGUGCUCAGCUCCAUCGACGACGAGUACUCGCCCGCCGUCUUCCGGCUGGUCCGUCUGCUCUGGGGCUCUCCCACUGGCGGCUACCUCCAAUGGAGGCCCGUGGCCUUCUCCUCACCGGGAGCCGAGCGAGGGGACGCCCUGCCGGCCCGGGCGGACGCCCCCCGCCCCGCCACGGGAGAGACCCCACCCUCGCUCCUGCUCCGGGCCUUCUUCGGCCCGGGCCCCUACCCAGACCUGGCAGCGCUGAACCUCUCCUGGGGUGGGCCCGACGGGGCCGCCUACGAGGACCACCGCUAUCUCAGCUGGUCAGCUCUCUUGGGUGUGGGCACCCCCCCAUCUGACGACUUCUCCCCCCUGGUCUUGGGGAUCACAGCCACGGCCCUGGGAGCCCCCACCCUGCUGCUCUUGGCCGGGGGGCUCGCUCUGCUGCUGCUCCUCCUCCGCCGCCACUCGGAGUACCAUCCCAUCAACUGAGGCCCCGCCGCAGAGGGAUGCCGCUCCCGGCCUCCACCUCUCCGUCUGUGCCAAUCUCCGCGAUUCCCUGGCCUUGCCCCUGCCCGCCCCGGCCUAGGACUACGGGGGGUGGGAGGGGAGGAGGAUCCAAUAAACUUUAUUUUCUCACACA